AAUCAAAAUUUGAAGUAGUAAAAAUACUACUAAAAAAUAUGACUUUUGUUGACAUCAACCUUUACAAAUUUUACAACACUGAAGUUAAAAGUACAUUUGAUGCAUUUGGGAUUUGUUUAUUUCUUGACCUACCAUGAAAAAGUUAUAAAUAAUUAACCAACAUGACGCUCGCACAUCGGGCGCUCUUUACGUGGUUUAUUGUUCUGGUUUUUCUAAUCCUGUUGUGCCUACGCUUGGAUCCGCGCACAACAUGGAAUUGGUUCGUCACUUUUACGCCGCUUUGGUUUUUCGAUGUCAUUAUCAUAAUCUACGUGAUAAUCAAGUUUAUCCGCAAAUGGAGGAACCUAACUUGUCUGACGGAUCUGCUGUUUCUUUACAAAUGGAACAUUGCAGGCGUCUUGCUGACCAUUUCCUCCCAGGUGAUGAUUUGCCUCACGCUAGAGUACCCGCAGCAGAUUCCCAUCUACGUGACUAUUGCCCCAGUGGUUUUGCUCCUAAGCACCGCCAUAUUUUAUGUGGGCAGCAGGCUGGGAAAACGCGAGGGCUGGAUUCAAUAAGAUUUUGGAUUAUGAUGUAGGAUUAAGUAUAUAUUGUAAGAUAAGAGAUGUACAUAAAGUGGAAACUUAAAA